ACUCGGCCGCGGCGCCAGUCAUGGGCGAAGGACAGGGCCCAGAUCGAAGUGCUGGUACCAACCCGUCGGUGCUGUUCCUGCACCCGGACCUGGGUGUGGGCGGCGCCGAGCGGCUGGUGCUGGACGCGGCGCUGGCACUGCGGGCGCGCGGCUGUAGCGUGACGAUCUGGACGGCGCACUACGACCCUGGCCACUGCUUCGCAGAGAGCCGGGAGCUGCCGGUGCGCUGCGCCGGGGACUGGCUGCCCCGCACCUUGGGCUGGGGCGGGCGCGGCGCCGCCGUCUGCGCCUACGUGCGUAUGGUCUUCCUGGCGCUCUACGUGCUGUUUCUCGCAGACGAGGAGUUCGACGUGGUGGUGUGCGACCAGGUGUCUGCCUGUAUCCCUGUGUUCAAGCUGGCCAGACGACGUAAGAAGAUCCUAUUUUACUGUCACUUCCCAGAUCUGCUUCUCACCAAGAGAGAUUCUUUUCUUAAACGGCUGUACAGGGCCCCAAUUGACUGGAUAGAGGAAUAUACUACAGGCAUGGCAGAUUGCAUCUUGGUUAAUAGUCAGUUUACAGCUGCAAUUUUUAAGGAAACCUUCAAGACCUUGUCUCAUAUAGACCCAGAUGUUCUCUACCCAUCUCUGAAUGUCACCAGCUUUGAUUCAGCUGUUCCUGAAAAUCUUGAUGACCUAGUCCCUGAGGGAAAAGAGUUUCUGUUCCUCUCUAUUAACAGAUAUGAAAGGAAGAAAAAUCUGAAAUUGGCACUAGAAGCCCUAGUACAGCUACGAGCGAGGUUGACUUCUCAAGACUGGGAGAGGGUUCAUCUGAUCAUGGCAGGUGGUUAUGAUGAAAGAGUGCAGGAGAAUGUGGAACACUAUCAGGAAUUGAGGAAAAUGGUCCAGCAGUCUGACCUUGGCCAGUAUGUGACCUUCUUACGGUCAUUCUCAGACAAACAGAAAAUCUCGCUCCUCCGUGGCUGUACAUGUGUGCUUUAUACACCAAGCAAUGAGCACUUCGGCAUCGUCCCUCUGGAGGCCAUGUACAUGCAGUGUCCAGUCAUUGCUGUCAAUUCAGGUGGGCCCUUGGAAUCCAUCAUCCACAGUGUCACAGGCUUUCUGUGUGAGCCUGACCCAGUGCACUUCUCAGAAGCAAUAGAAAAAUUCAUCCAUGAACCGUCUUUAAAAGCCACAAUGGGCCUGGCAGGAAAAGCCAGAGUGAUGGAGAAAUUUUCUUCUGAAGCAUUUACAGAACAGCUCUACCAGUAUGUCACAAAACUGCUGGUAUAAUCAGAUUAUUUUAAGGUUCUUUAUAUUGCAUUCACUGAUGUUAUUUUUAUGGAUCAUAAGUCCAGUUUUGAUACCAGAAGAGAGGUUUUAAAAAUAAACUUGAGUCUUGAGUCUGAACUAUCUUCCUGUAUACUACACCUCCCUGUGUACUUUUUCAAAAAAAUAAUGUCUUAUACUAUGAUCAUUCCAAGUCUUACCAUGUUCAGAUUAUUUAACUUCUCUAGAUUAUCAUUGCUUUGCAUAUAAAUUUUGAAUCAUACUGUGCCUUAA